AUGGCCGCCUCCCUUGCGUCUCGUUACUUGUCAGUCCUCCUCCUCCUCCUCCUCCAGACCUCGUCAGACUCUCGUGCCCUCCAUGCCAUGCAGCGUCGCAGCCAAGACAGCCUCGCUCUGCUCAACCUUGUCAGCGCCUGCUCAGGACCUCUGCGACUGCGUGGAGGAGGGAAGGAGAACAAAGGAAAGGGGAGGGUAGAGCAGGAGCAGGAGCAGGAGCAGGAGCAGGAGCAGGAGCAGGAGAGAAAGAGGAAGAAGAAGGAGAAGAAGAGAGAGAAAGGCAAGGGAGAGAAGGGGGAGGGGGAUGGAGGGAUCGUGGAGAAGGAGGACGAUCACGACGUGGAGAGUUUGAAGGAGCCGUCAAAGAAGCGGAGGAAACAGCAAGAAUCAGUCGGCAAGGUGGAGCCAACGAGCCAGCUCAUGUGUGGGGCAAGUGACAACAGCGGAGGGGAGAAGGAAAGCAUCGUAGACGACGAGGCUGAUGAUGAUGAAGUUUGCUACACCAACUCGGAGAAGGAGGAAGAGUUUCAGCAUUUCAAGAGACAGCCGUUGGCUGACGAGAAUCUCACGAGGAGAUUGUUGAGUUUCGAUCUCAACGACUGA